AUGCGUCAUGCAUUUUCAUCCACAAGCAAUUGCUGUAACAGCGCAUUCAAAGCCGUCCGCUCUAAUCACAUGCAUUGUCUCACAUAUAUGAAUAAAAACGAUCUGGAACAACGCGACAUCAGUGGUCAAACACCGCUUCAUGUGGCUGCCAAACUUGGCUUGUUGCAAGCUAUCGAUCUGCUGCAACAUGAAGCACCAGCAACACAAGAUGCUGUAUCAAUCUUCGGAGAGAAUCCGGCUCUUGUCGCUGCAGGUGAAGGGCAGACGCUAAGCGUUGAAUUACUGUUCAGUGGAAAUUCGAAACAUGUCUCUGCUCGGGCACAACAGCGAGACAUCAAUGGUACUACGGUGUUAAUGGCUGCUGUUGCACGAGGAAACAAUGACCUGGCUUUGUGGCUUCUGAAACGAUUCGGAAAAAAAUUGGCAAUGUUACCUAACAACUUCCGUAUGCUACCGCUGCAUGUCGCUGCUGCAAAUGGUAAUAUUGAAUUUAUUCGUAAUGCAAUCAAAUACGAUCGACGUAUGGUUAAUUUCAGAGAUCAGUUCGGUUGUACACCAGUGUUCUAUGCAAUUCAAGGAGGAUGUUUUAAUUGUGUUAGACUUUUGAUUGAAAAAGGUGGUGCAGAUAUUUGUAUAGUAUCAGAUAAAGGACAGUCACUGCUGCAUGUUGCAUGCCUUGCUGGCCAUGCGCAUAUUGUUCGAUGGAUAGUAAAUCGUUCUGCAGCUAAUGUUAUUUUAUGGACAACUAAAGAUAACGCUAAUGCCAUACAUUGCGCUUCAUAUAGUGGGAGCGUUGCUGCACUUUAUAUUUUACUUCAUACUGUAUCUUAUAAACGACGACGGCAGAUACUUGCGUUGCGAGAUUCCCGUGGUAACACUCCGCUUCAUCUUACAGCUAUCAAUAAUCACACUGAUGCUGCACAGUAUUUGUUGGAAAAUGGUGCCGAACCCCGACUGCUCAACAAUGGAGGACAAACAGCUGAAACAAUUGCAUACAUACAGAAAAAUUAUCAACUCGCAAAACUUUUGUCGUACUGGAAAGAACGAAAACAUAAAAGAAAGGAAUGGUUCACACCGUUAGCAACAAAUGAUAUAUCGCAUGUAAACAACGUCUAUUCGUCUGAUUACUGGAGUACCUCAAAAACCUCAAAGUACACUAUGCCGAAUAGUUCAAGUCACAUUGUGCCAAUCAAUAUUGCUGAACCAUCGUCAUUACAACAAAACAUCGCCUCGAAAUAUUCAUCGAAAAAUAACUUCACUAUCACCGAUCCAAUUGAGGCGAUAAUGGGUGAACUGCGUCCAAUAACGUACGUUGCAUCGGAUGAAGGUGGUCGGAUUUUUAAGGAUCUUUCAAUUCAGACCGAUCGUGACUCCUUGCGAAUUGCAACAAAGGUUCUGGAUGAGGACGAGUGGCGAGAAAGCCUGGCAGCAGUCGCACAAAUUGACAGAGUCCUGCAAGAAAUUGAUGCUUAA